ACCCGACGGAGUGGGCUUCCUACUUGGAUCCGGUCGCGUUGUUUCAUCGAGAGAAGGCGCCGCGCGCAAGCAAUCCUCCGCGGCGGCGAUGGGCAAGGGCUCCCGCCCCGCCUCCACCUCCACCGGCGGCGAGAAGAAGGGGGAGGAGCGGGUGCUGAGCCACGGCGACGUCGUGCUCAUCCGCUCCGACCUCGCCAUUCUCCGCGGGCCUCGCUUCAUCAACGACCGCAUCAUCGCCUUCUACUUCGCCCACCUCUCCGCCGGCCUCGGCGACGACCUCCUCCUGCUCCCACCCUCCAUCCCCUACCUUCUCUCCAACCUCCCCGACCCGGCCUCCGUCGCCGCCGUAGCGGAGCCGCUCCGCCUCGCCUCCCGCCGCCUCGUGCUGCUCCCCGUCAACGACAACCCCGACGCCUCCGUCCCCGAGGGCGGUUCCCACUGGACCCUCCUCGUCCUCGACAACACCACCAGCCCAUCCGGCCCCCGCUUCGUCCACCACGACAGCAUCCGCGGCGAGCCCAACCUCCCCAUCGCCAGCCGCCUCGCCGACGCGCUCCGCCCCCUGCUCCUCCAGAGCGAUUCGAGGAGGAGGGGCGCUGUGCCGGUCGUGGAGGGGCCCACCCCGAGGCAGCCCAACGGCUACGACUGCGGCGUCUACGUCAUGGCCAUCUCCAGGGCCAUCUGUGGCUGGUGGAAGAGUGGCCAUGGCGGCCACCGGGGUGGGGAUUGGUUCGAGGCGGUGAGGAGGGAGGUGGACGCCGACAGUGUCAAGGCCAUGAGGGGCGAGCUGCUGCAACUAAUCACCACCCUCAUCCAAGACAAGGCCAAUGCCAGUUCAAUAUCCGAGGGCAACAAGACGGGCAACACUGAUUGAGGAUCAUUGUUGUGUCUCUGUAAGAUCGAUUGGAACGACAGGCAGUAGCGUACCUGAUAGUACACUGGUUUCUCAAGUUUGGUUGCUCUUUUUGAUCUUAGUCAAGGGGUUUCUUGCUGGAUCGGCUUCUUUGCGAAAAGGAAGAGCAAGCAGAGCAUACACACUUGUGUAAGCAAAGUUUUGGAAAAUCACAUUUGUCCCUUUUGUGAGUAAAGUUUUAGCAAAUGCCUGUUACAAAUCGACAAAUAUUGCCAAUGAUCAUGGAUCAAGAUACCACAAUCUUACAUUGCUUAUGCUUGCAAGUUAGUUGAGUAUGGACGGAUUGGGUUGGAGUUUAUGACUUAUGCUCGAUGACUGACCAAUGCAGCCGCAUUAUCUAAGAUGUGUUUAUGUUCCGUGCCUUUGGAUGCUGACUGAGUGCAGGUGCAUGUGUAUGGAUGAUACUCGGGAGUUGGUUGGAUAGGGAGAACAGUUUGAUUGUUUGAACAAUUGAAGUAUGGUUUCCUGAAACUUGUAUUCACUAGAACUUCAGAAUUUGAGAGCUACACGGUAUGUGCUUUCAUGUCUGUUACUCAAAUUUUACACUGAAUAUGCAUAUUAUGUUGCAAAACAUGCACCUAUGAUGUAUAUAUUCUAUCAUCCAGGACAUACCUGCUGUCGAUUAAACUCAAUCCUUUUCUAUCUGGAAUCUGUUAUGUUCAGCUUUAGUUGUGCUUUCCUGUUAUUUUUAUCUAAGCAGUUCUAGCACCACUGAUCUGUUGGUAUGGUUUAUAUCAGGGAAAAUAAAUGUGCUGUAAUAUUUUGCUAUAAUAUAAUGAGUACUAUGGUACCUGAGUUGGCAUGUACUGUUGUUUUUCAAUAUUUGGAUUACAAAGUACAGUAUGAUGGUAGAUAACCCAAAUCCAUGCUAAGGCAGAUCUGGUAUAUUCCCCUAAAAAAGGCAGGUCUGCGUAUAUCUUACUCUUCUGCUUUAUGUCCAUACCUAACAGUCUUACAUGCAUGCGCCCUAACUACCUACCUCUUUCUCCUCUGAUCAAUUCCCUUAACUUGUCACACUUGCAUUGCAUUGCAUUUGCUUCCGCCAGUCUACAGCUGCAACAGAGCACAGGACUAAGGUACCACCUAUGCAACUCUCUUGUUUUUCCACUACUUUAUUUCCUUGCUUAAUUUUUUGCCCACGUGACUCUGUUCUGCAAAUUGAUUAAUUUAUUGCUGAAGUUUGCAAUUUUCACAACGAAAUGUUUUUUUUUGAAUGGUCACCACGAAAUGUUUGAUUGCUGUGUGAAGUAUAUGGUCUAUUAAUUCUCUAUGUUUCCUGAUUCCCUUUUGCAUCAGCCUGUGUUUUUCCCCUAUCUUUUUCCUAAAAAUAAGCAAACAAGUUACUGCGGCGAUUGGAAUUCCCUUCCACCAGUAUGUUCUGCCAGCAAACGAGUCCAUAACAUGUCCCCUGCGUUUUGAUCAGGGAAGAUGCAACGUCAUGAGAAGAUUGAUGCUCUGAAGCCUGUGGCAUCCAGGCCUUUCUCCAGCUUCAGGUCCUUUCCAAAGCCCCUUCAAGACUUCACUAGCACUGGUUCCCCACCCAUCACCGUCUUGGAGGAGACAGUUCUAGUUAAGCCGAAGGCCACUCGGUUCCCAUCGCUGCAAAGUGAACUUCCGACAAAAAUGACUGCAACCAUAGACGCUGGCUCAGAUUCCACGUGUGAGGAAAUGAAGGUAGAUACAGAGCAGGCCAACUGCUGCGGCCAUCUAACAACAUGCCCCACGGUCAAGAAGCCUACAGGCCGUCGCUUGUCAUUUGAUGGCUACAACUGGAGGAAAUAUGGGCAAAAGAAGGUGAAAGUGAGCGAGUUCCCACGGAGCUACUACAAGUGCACGCAUCCAAGCUGCCCUGCGAAGAGGAAGGUGGAGACGACAAUAGACGGCCAGGUUGCUGAAAUCGUGUACAGCGGCGAGCACAACCACCCCAAGCCUCGUCCUCCCAGGACUCCAUUGUCGUCCACAAGCACCGCUGAGGUUGUGAUCUGCGGCGCGCAUGGUACUGACGAUACGAUGCAGGAGUAGAAACAAAGAGAGCUGGGAGCAUUCAACCAAGCUCCUGAUACUUAUGAUGACUGAUGCAGUAUCUGGCGGCAGUUGCGUUCCCUCCCUUGGAUGAAUUUGGAAACAAGAGUGAGCUCGCUGAUUAUAAGAAAAAAAGGGGUACAUUUCUGUUGCUAAACAUUCUGCAGCGGACGUUCAGACAAUGGCAAAUACCAGUAGCAUACUUGUGUUGUCAGUAUGAGAGCCUGCUAUAAGGAUCAGGUGAUCACCGCCAAUUAUUAUCAUCCGAUGCAUGGUGAUUUGUGUUAGACU